AUGAGCAGUCUCUUCUCAGAGGCGUUCUGGAGUCUUUAUUUGUAUAUUCGAAAUUUCAUUAGUGGCUCAAUAGCACGGUACCAGAAGCUGAGAUGGUUUGGCAAGCUCUUGAUCAUGCUGCUCAUCGUCUUCUACGUCGCUCUGGUCGUCACGUUCCUUGUCAUCGGCCCAGACACCAUAUUCCAGUACUUCUUUGACCUAUCCCAAGUGCUUCGAAAGAUGGAGUACGGCUGGCUCAUUCUCGCAUCUUUAAUCGUUGUCGCCUCUUUCCCUCCAAUGGUGGGGUUCACGACCCUCCUCUCGAUUGCCGGAUUUGCUUGGGGUGUUAGAGGUUUCUUACUCGCGUUGCCAGCAGCUCUCGUCGGAGCCGGCCUGUCGUUCUUGUCGAUGCGGUUCCUCUUCAAAGCACGGCUACACAAGCUUCAGCAAUCGAACAGGCAUUGGAGAGCCCUUGAUCAAGUUGUAGCAGCCAAGGGCCUCCCACUCAUCAUCCUUAUUCGCUUCUCUCCUCUGCCGCCGUGGGUCUACUCGAAUGCGCUCUUUGCUUCCAUUACAUCCGUCAAGUUUUGGCAGUUCAUGGUGGCAAACCUAUUCUUGUCGCCCAAGAUCCUGUUGACCGUGUUUGUUGCUUCAAGGAUCGCUGCACUGGCUGAUCGUGACCAACGUGGCCAAAUGGACUUGCCAACGGAGAUACUCAACUAUAGCUCCAUCGCAGUCGGUAUCAUUAUUGGUGUAGGCACAGGAUGGGUCGUGUACCGUCUCACUCAAGAGAAGAUUCGAUCGUUACCGGAUUUGCCACGGGAUGUGGACGAGGCAGCAGCAGAUGCCCUCCGCGAUGCGGAACAAGGUGCCCCUCUCUUGCGUGACUUUUCGCCUGAACCGGAAGAGGACGAUGUUCCGCUGGAGACUUCACCUCCGAGUCGCCAAAAGUCGCUCUCGCCUGACCGAACCAAGGGACGUCCGUAG